CGCAUAUUUGGAUUCGUGACUGUGCCCUAGUACGAGUUUAAAAAAAAAACGGACGUGUUGGUGUUGAACUUGUGAUGGGGCUUUAGAGAAUUAAUAAAAAGAAAAUAUUGCAAAAUUGACAGCGGAAGAAAAUCGAGGAAGUGGCGGUCUGCAGUCUUCGGUGAGACGUUGUCAAGAUGAUGGACGCAUUGACUGUUGUGACACAACUGAGAGACUUGGCGUCAAAGCCCCACAACCAAGAAAGUAUUCUUCAAGAUAAAGCAUGUCUUUCAGGCCUGGUUUUAUUCCUAGACCACCAAGACUUUCAGGUGGUGUACUGUGCCUUGCAGGCGCUCAGAUACCUGGCUGAGUUUCAUUCUAGCCGAGAACAAAUGAAAAACGAAUUGGGAAUGAUGGUGAGCCUAGAGAAGCUGACUGAACAAACUGACACCAUUGAGGAAAUUCCAUUAUUAGCAAAGGAAGUGUACAAUAUUUUAAAUUCACCUACUGCUGACUCUCUCAGAACCCCAGAGCCCCCCAAAAGGAAGAUGAAGCAGCAUUUUUUCAUUAACAGCUCAAACAAGAAGGCCAAGUCCAUUACACUUCAUAUCCAAGGACUGGAUGACAAAAAUCAUCGAGGUCUUUGUGAAGAAGCCUUGUUAAAGGUCAAGGGUGUGAUCAGCUUUACUUUUCAAAUGGCUCUUAAAAGAUGCACUGUGCGGAUUCGAUCAGAUCUGCCAACAGAGUGUUUGGGGGAAGCCAUUGCAGCAACCAAAGUGCUAAAAGCGCACCAAGUUGUGAAAAACGAAACUGGAGAAGAGGUUUAUGUUCCAUUUGGACCUGCGCAUGCUAUUAUUGAGGAAAACUCUUUCUUACCAGAUUAUUUGCCUGAGGAAGAGAGCCCAGAAAAAGAGGUCACCACUGCCCUCGCACGCACUGGGGCCAAGCAAGAGGGUGCCGGCGGUGGCGGGUGGCUGAAUGCCGCUACCAACUUUCUGACUAAAACGUUUUACUGGUGAAAUUUGGCAAGAUUUCUGUGUACAGGUGAUAAAUGCACUUCCUUUUAAUGUGUAUAGUGUUGUGCGUCUGUCUGUAGUGUUCCUCACUACGUGAGGUCAUUUUGUGUAAAUAUUUUCAGUAAC